AUGUUUCAUAAGUUCGACUACAACGGUGUGUUCUUCUUUAACUGUCUCUUUGUUACAGCGACGUGCCUUCGAUGACUGUGCAACGUUUUGGUCCUUAUAAGAGAGAGAUUGGCUCAUUUGGUAUAUAUAUGUUGGGAAUUUUGAGACGGAUCAGGAUUUGAUGUUUUUGUAUGGCUUGUAGUGCAUGAAUGUCUUUGUUUGUUUUCUUUCCUUGUUUAAUAUUUCUUUGUAAGAGAUUCUACAGGCGUGUCCUUUUAAAUUGAUUUCAACUGACAGAAGAAAUGUUGUUCGUUCUUUCAUGAGGGAUUUGGCAUAUUCUUUUCCUUGUAUACGUUUUCAAGUGGUAUGAGAAGAAUUUGAGCCCUAGUCGCCUGAACUAAACGCUGGUCUGUCGAUAAUUGAGUAUUCUGUCCUCAUUUGGGCUCAUGAAUUUUUUGGCAAUACUCUUAUCUGGCAAGUUACACCGGCCAAUCUCUUGUCACCAUCUUUUGGAAAGUUAAUGCCGGGCAGGCAGGCAUUUAGAAAAAAUCAUCAAAUUGUCAGCUCUUUCAUUGAACGGUCCCAACCUUGUAUUGCUGUCAUAAGGUUUCUCAUGAAAAGAUGAGCCAUGAUCACCGAGUGUCCAAUCUGUCAGUUUGAAAAUGUGCUGUACAAGGAACUAGUUUGAUUUGAAAAUGUGCUCUACAUGAAAAAAAGUCACGAACAUAAACAUCGUUACUUGAUUGAUUUGCCAUUGAGAGUCUUCUCUUUAUGGAUUGCAUAUGCUCGAAGGUGCUUACUCCAACACAGAUAUCGAUGAAUUAAGAAAAGCAUUGAUUGUAUUGCGAUUCUAUGCCUGCUACUUUCCAAUUUUAACUCUUUUCUAGUUUUACAUGGAUGCCUGUGUCCCCUGUUUCUCGUCAUUCUUUAUCAGCAUCAGCUGUUUCUCGCCAUCCUUCAUCAUGGACAGUGGGCUCUAAAAGAUGCGGUGAUUCUUUGUUUUGUCACAUGAAUGUUCCCAAGUGGGCCCCACACAUCAAGUAAAUAAUGCAAUGCACAUGAAAUGUAUGUUGAUGAUCAUACUUAGCUUGUACGUGAGGGCUUGUUUUUAACCUCGUACUUAGCAAUCGAACCAAUUGGCAUGGCUUCUUUAUGAAUAAAUUUCCUAAAAUACUCGAGAGUUGGCUUCUUCAUCUCUGGAAAACAUUUCAGAAGUUGAUGCUUAAGAGAUAGAUUUGCAAGUGAGGACUAGGUCGAUAGUUUGUACUCAUGACGAAUUAUAAGCUUAAUAUUUUUUCCUAUCUGUUUGAAGAGAGUCGAGUUCUUGAAUUCAUGAAAACUAUUUUUUUUAUUUUUUUUAUUAGUUCAGUAUUAUGUAUUUCUUUCUGCGGAUGUUAACAGCCUUAAAUAUUUGAUAAUAAAUACUCCAAUUUGCAUGGGUGGGAAUAGUCAAUUCUGGCAUUCCUUAGAACUGGUUUUCAGGGGAGAAUGGAGUCUUGAACACAUCGCAAGUAAAGUAGUCCUUUGGACAUUAUACUUUCUUUUGCUUUUGAUUUCGUGUUUGUCAAUGAUGUCACGUAGCUACACUGUAUGAACGAAAAUUCUUGUAGAUUACUUGGGUACUCAUUUUUUGUUUUAACAGCUGCAAACAACUUACUGAUUAACCUCUUUCAUGGACCUGCAAAUACACGAGCUCUACUGCUGAACUUCAUUGGCAUUGAUCAUUCACAAUUUUCAGUGGACUUGUGAUCACCUACAUACCACAUAAAUUUUUAUUUUAUCGACUGAAAAUGAAUGUAAACAUGGGUAAAAUUUCCUAACGUGUGCUAUCUAUAUUAUUUGUAGAGGCCCGAUCCUUUAUUUUUUAUCUAAUUGACUGUAGUUACUACUUGCUCUUGGGCAGUGAGUGAACUGUCUCACCUUCAGGAGAGAAAGGGACAUUGAUCUGGUUAUAAGUGAUGUCCACGUGCCUGACAUGGAUGGAUUUAAACUCCUUGAACUCGUUCGACUGGAGAUAGAUCUUCCUGUCAUAAGUGAGUGAUCUGUUGUGUAUUAUAUCAUAGUUUUUCAGUGGACUAUUUCAUAGUGUGUUAACCAUAUUUUCUUAUCUGUGACCUGGAUUUCUGUUUAUAAUAGUGAUGUCUGCUGAUUCAAGACCCUCUAUGGUAAUGAAAGGUGUCAGAUAUGGUAACAUGUCAUUAGGAAAAGGUGGAAUAAGAAUAAGGACCAUGACCAAUCAGAUAGUGUGGAAGAAUCUGACAAGCUCAAAUGAGGGAGUGAUGAUGUUGACUACACUUCAUCAGUUAACGAUGCAAUUGAUAUCAGUGGGAAAGCCCAUAAGAAGAAAAGGGAUGCUGAAGAAGAUGCCUUCUAUGUCAAAAAAACCAUGCAUAUAUUUUUCAGUUGAUCUUCAUCAGCAGUUUGUGAAUGCUCUUAAUCAGCCUGGAAUUGACAGUAAGAAUAUCAUCUCAGCUACCUUUACAAACUGAAAAUUAUAUUUUAAACAGUAAUGCACGACUAUCCUAUGCACUUGAAUUACUGAAUGUUCCUGGCCUAACUAGAGAGAACGUUGCUAGCCACUUGCAGGUCUAUCUUUUCAUUCAACUACAACUCUAUAUGUUUAGACUUUUAUGUUUCAUUUCAAACUUCACAUAAUUUUAUUUGCAUCUGCAGAGAGAUGUGGUUGUAAUUAUUUUUCCUAAUCCAAGGCUACUAUUAUGUUUGUUGAGGGUUGUAUAAUGGGUGGUGAAACCACAAAAGCCUAAUCUAGGAUAAGGUGGAAAACAAGACGCACUUUACUUAAUUAACAUCUGGGUAUGGUAUUUAUGCUGGGCCCAAGUACAUGGGUAGACCAAAUCAGUCUGGUUUGUUCUUAAAUAAUAAAGAAACUAUUACAUUAAAAGAAAAUAUAUUUUUGAAACUUAUUUCAAUACCCACCCUCAAGCUGGUGAAUCUUUAGCAUACAUUCGAAGCUUAUGUGCAACAUGCCCAAAUAAGGCACAAUUCAAGCCUUUAGAAAGUAUGUAUGAAAUUUGAUCUUUUGUAGACAUAUAUGGCAUGCAAAUUAGUUCAACUACCAAGUUUCUCCUUGAUAAAGUGUUGAUCAAUCUCAAUGUGCUUCAUUUUAGUCACGUUGACUUUAAUUGUAUGAAAUGUUGAUUAUUAACUCGUUUUCACUGUAAGGUCUCAUCAUAACACCCUCUCGAUCUUCAAGUCUUUAAUAUUAACUUUAGUCUCAAUAAUUCUCAUGUACCUUGAGGCAUUGCUCAUAAUUCUAUUUCUGUGCAUAACCUUGCUACCACACUUUAAUUCUUGUUUUGCCAUAUUAUGAGAUAUCCACCAAGAAAGGUAUGAUAUUAUAAAAUAGACUCUUGUCUACUAUAUUUCUUCCAUAAUACCUCAGGUACCAACAUACUCCAUUCUAUUUGAAUAAAAUUUAUUUCCCUAGUAAUAAACUUGCUUUAGGUUGUGAAUUGAUUAGGUAUGCUAAUUGCAUACGUUAUAUCAUAUCAUAUUUGAGAUACAUAAAUCAAUUUUCUGACCAAUUAUUGAUACAUCCCUCUAUCUACAACAACAUAGUUCUUUGCUCUAUCAAGUUUGAGAUUUGGAUAUAUGUGUAUUUGCUAGUUUAUAAGUAGUUUUGUAUGUUUCUUUCCAAACAUACAUAAUAUAUUUUUGUUGGGAGAUAAAAAUUACUCUUAUUGAGUGGGUUACUUCGAUUUCAAACUUCUAAAUAUUUUCAUUUCAAACUUCUUGAGACAUUGACUUAACUAUUAUUUUUCUUAAAUUAUAGCAUCAACAUAUAUUUAUAGCGUUGUAACUCCUCUUGAAUAUGAGGGUGUAACAAACAAUGUGUAGUCUCCUUGACUUUUUUUCUGUCUCAAUGUAGUUAUGGCUUUUGUAAAAAUACCAAACCAGGCCCGGUGGGAGCUCACUAGGACCUGGCCUGGUGGGAGGUGUCCCUUUUCCUGCUUUAGAGGACACUAGGCUAUCACGGGUGAACUAAUUUUAUCAGUUAUAAUUUCACAUUGUCCUUCUAUUGCCUUGUAUCUAAAGUCACUACUUUUGUCAGGGAGGGCCGUCUGUGAAAAGCUCGCUCCUUCGUCUUCCACCCCCCGAACCACCCCUCCUCAUCGCCCCAGUUGA